GUGGCAGUCUAACACAUGAUGAAAUUUACUAAGCAGAAUUUUUUUGUUUUAGUUGGCGGAAUUAUAAUUUAUGUAGUUGAUAUUGGAGUGGACUUUUGGGUAGCUAGUAAAUAUUUCUGUCAAGGACAAUAUUCUUGGAGUAUAUUGAUACUGUGUUUUAGAGGUAUUUCAUCAUUAGUAACUCAGAUAUUUAGUUAUGACUGGUUUAAAAACGACUGGGAAGGUACUGAUACUGGGAAGUUGAAAUGGAUUUUUCUAGUUCAUCUCUUUCACUGUGGAAUUUUUAUAAGGUAUUGGUUUGCUUUGAAAUAUGGCUGCCAAGCUGCAUUUAAACUAAAAAGCAGUGGAGAUGCUUCAGAAACAGAUCCUUCCAACUUCAUUAAAAAACAAGCUAUUGAUGCAGUGACUGAUAUUAACAUGCUCAGGGUGUUCAAGGCUUUUCUUGAGACCACGCCACAACUUUUUGUCCAGAUUUACAUCCUCAUGCAACAUGGCAAAACUAAUUGCUAUCAAUAUGCUGCCAUUUUUAUGUCUCUUUGUGGUAUCUCCUUUUCAAUGGUUGAUUAUCAGAUGUCAUUGCAAAAAUCUCUGCCUGACAAAGGUGAAUUUCAUGUGACUUCCAAGUUCAUGUAUCUCUUCUAUAAACUGCUUACCAUCACUUCUUGGGUACUCAGUAUUUCACUUAUCACUCUACUGAGUGUUAGAAUUUCUGUAAUUCUGCUGAUAUUUCUUUGGAUCUGUGGCUUCACUUGGACUUUGAAACAAUGUACAACAUUUUGCAAAUCUAAGAAGAUGGAAUAUCUGUACAGAACUGUAGUAGGAAUAAUUCUAAUUUUUACUUUUUUUAACAUAAAGGAUAGAAGAACGAAAGUUUGCAUUUCUAUUUAUUAUGCUACUCACACUGUAGUAACUCUAGGUAUUUUGUUUGUAUAUAUGUUCUGGAAACCUUCCAUUAUCAAGGAAAUACAUUUUACAAUUGUGAUCAUCUUAACUAUUUUACAUCUGGUGUUAGGUAUUAUUUUUCUUGUUGUUUAUUAUAAGCAUUUUCAUCCGACUACUUAUUGCAGACCACAGGCAUGUUUAGAUGAAGUUGAUGGAAUGACAGGACAAAAGGAUAGAGUGAAAACCAGCAGGUUUCAAAAUUUUUUAAUGCCAUGAAUGGUAUAGAUCUUUUUUUGUGAAGACUUCAAAGCAAAUACUGGACAAUCUGUUUCUCUGUCUUGUUUCUUAUGUAUCAUCACAUAAGGGACCAGAGUUAUUGACUUUGAAUAACUAUUUGUUUUCUGUGAUGCUGUACGAAAACUGUAACAUGAAUAUUCACCUGCUGGUGAAAGUUACUUUUGAAAAAGAAACAAUCUAUCUAUCCAACACAUUCCACUGUUUUAGUUUUUUUCGCAACGCAAAUGUAAGAUAGGAAAAGCUAAAAGUUAAUAAAAUGAAACCUAGCAUUAAAACCACAUUCUAUUCAUUUAUGUUGAUUCUGUUAAAAAUAAGGCAGUGGGCAGUGAUCAGUUAUCUGCUUUUCCCCAUUACUGU